UACAGAAUGCUGGAAGGCGGCACCUGCCUACGUAUAUGCGAACUGCAAGCAAGAUGCUUCAUACAUUAUUACCGGCUACAUAAACGUUCCAGAAACAAACUCGACUUCAAGUUAUCGGAGUAGAAUCUACAAGUGAUUCUCAUUCUGUCGGACAUUGUUAUAUUGACCAAUCCAUACCAUUCACCAUGCGGCAGUUCUCAAAUAUACUAAAUCUGUGGACAUUAAUCGCAUGCGGAGUCAGCGCCUGGGAAGCGUCCAUUCUCGCCUUCGAACCACAGUUUCAAUGGGAUGCCCCGAGAGCUCCAGCAUUAUCAGGUGCGGCGGCGCAACAGCUCUUAGACCAUCGACUGAAGUCAUCCGUCGCUUCAAACCUGGGAGAUGUUGAUCCGGAUACAAUCAAGGUCAUUGAUAGACUAGCGGGAGCUCAGGACCAACUUUUUGGCUUGUCUUGCGAUGACGAAACAUUAGACAGGAGCUUCUUCGUUAUUGAAGGCUUGGGCUCCGAAGUCGGUUCCUCGGUUCUAAAUGGGUACGAGGGAGCAGUAACUAUCCUCGACCUCCCUACGACUUUUCCGGAGAAGAUUCUCUAUGGUGCUCUCAAAGGCGAUACUCAAGGUGUGGCCCGUUUGGCCGAGGCAAAGCACUGCGUGUCGAACACCGGCAUUGAAGCAGAAUCCCGGGCACCACAGGCUUUUAGAGAUUGCUUCCCUAGGGAUUCAUCUUACGGGCCCGUUCAGAGUGUUUUCGACGAGGAACUCAUAAACCAUGUGAAGGGUAUCGAGUCCUGGGUUGACACAGAAACGCUAACAGCAAUUGUAAAAAUAUCACUUGAGUCUCCCAAUAAUGUUAGCUCGCGAGCUACAGAUGCAGUAAAGGCCUUCUUCCAUGGUUUGCACGAGUUGGCGAUCAACGGUAAAGAAGUAACUGCUCUUGUUCUCCAAGAGUCAAGCAAUACCGAAGGCCUGGCCCUCAGGACGAAGAAACCCAGGGCUGUCAUGGAUGGGACUCUGUCCAAAAAUGACAACCUCGGGUCCCUUGUCAAAUCUGAAUAUCAGGACUCUCUGCUGUCGACCUCCUUUCCUUCCUGUUUCACUUCUGAGGCAUCUUGCAUUGAGGCAACCCAUGGAUGCUCCGGGCAUGGAUCUUGUUAUAACAAACAAAGAUCCGUUAACGGGGGCGCCAAAAGCGAUUGUUAUACAUGUAAGUGCAGGGAAACUAUCACUAGAAAAGAAGACGGCAGCAUACAGAAAUCUAGUUGGGGCGGCUCUGCAUGCCAGAAGAGGGACAUCAGCACUCCGUUUUUCCUGGUUGCCGGUAUCAGUAUAAUGGCGAUUGCCGCAACAGGGGCUGCAGUGGGAAUGUUAUAUUAUGUGGGGCAGGAAGAACUUCCGGGUGUCAUCAGUGCCGGUGUUGGAACCAUGGGGUUAAAGAAAUGACGGAGAUGCAUUGCGUGUGCGUAUCCUUCAAUGCUUGCGUGGGAGUUGUUUGGAAGUUCCAGAUUUGAAUGUAUUUGAACAUGCGAGGUGAUUUUUCUACUCCUUUUUUGUAAUUAAAUGAUGCAUGUGUGUGUACAUCAGCAUAUAUCGAACAAAUCAUUAGCUAUGGGC